GAUGGAAAAAUAAACUAAAAAAAAAAAUAUCAGUUCUUCAUCAUAUUAAAAUCUUGCUUAAAAAAAAAAGUAAAUAUAGUCGAUUAUUUAAUUAAAGAUUUUCAUAAUUGCAAUUUUGUGCAAUUUUGUGCAAUAGUUGCAUUUUUAAUUUUGUAAUUUGAUAAUAACGUAGUUUGCAGGUACAUUAGAUUUGUUUACCGCUUUUUAAAAAAUGUUGAGAUUACCAUUGGUCCGGGUGGCCGGACUGUCAAGUGGAAGAUUUGGUGGUACAAAUUUUCAUACAACUGUCAAUACACAGCAAAGUCAGGAUCUUGUUGAAGUUUUUAUUGAUGACAUUCCUGUUCAGGUACCACCUGGAACGACAGUUCUACAGGCAGCGGCAAAAAUAGGAGUUGAAAUUCCUCGUUUUUGUUAUCAUGAACGUUUGGCAGUUGCUGGCAAUUGUAGAAUGUGUCUCGUUGAAAUUGAAAAGCAAAUGAAGCCAGUUGCGGCGUGCGCAAUGCCAGUAAUGAAAGGUUGGCGUGUAAAAACAAAUUCAGAUCUUACGAGAAAAGCCCGUGAGGGUGUAAUGGAAUUUUUAUUAGUAAAUCAUCCGCUCGAUUGUCCAAUUUGUGAUCAAGGUGGCGAAUGUGAUCUUCAGGAUCAAAGUAUGGCUUUUGGUAGCGAUAGAAGUCGUUUUGUUGAUAUUAAUUUCAGUGGUAAACGUGCUGUUGAGGAUAAGGAUAUUGGCCCUUUAAUUAAAACAGUUAUGACACGUUGUAUACAUUGUACACGUUGUAUUCGAUUUGCUUCUGAAGUUGCUGGCAUUGAUGAUUUAGGUACUACUGGUCGUGGUAGUGAUAUGCAGGUAGGAACGUAUGUUGAAAAAAUGUUUCUUUCCGAAAUGUCUGGCAAUAUAAUUGAUCUUUGUCCGGUUGGUGCAUUAACAAGUAAACCAUACGCUUUUGUUGCACGACCAUGGGAAAAUCGAAGAACUGACAGUAUUGAUGUUCAUGACGCUGUGGGAAGCAAUAUUGUUGUCACUCAUCGAACUGGAGAAGUUCUUCGUAUUCUUCCCCGUGAAAAUGAGCAAGUAAAUGAAGAAUGGAUAUCGGAUAAAGUAAGAUUUUCCUAUGAUGGUCUUAAGCGACAGAGACUUUUAACGCCAAUGAUGAAAAUUGAUGGAAAAUUACAAAAUACUGAAUGGGAAGAUGCUCUUGUUUCUGUUUCAAGAGCUUUACAAGAUUUACCGGCAAAUAAAUGUGCGGCUAUUGCUGGUAAAAUGGCAGAUGCUGAAUCAUUAAUGGCAAUGAAAGAUUUAAUAAAUAAACUUGGCAGUGAAUUAUUAGCAACUGAACAAAAUUUUCCUAAAGAAGGUUCAGGUAUUGAUUUACGUAGUAAUUAUUUAUUGAACAAUAAAAUACACAAUUUGGAGGAUGCUGAUGUUAUUUUAUUAAUUGGCACUAAUCCAAGAUAUGAAGCGCCAUUAAUUAAUACACGUUUAAGAAAAGGUUAUAUUCAUGGUGAACAAACAAUUGCUCUUAUUGGACCAAAAGUUGAUUUAACGUACAAUUAUGAGCAUCUAGGACAGUCACUAAAAAUAAUAAAUGAGCUAAAGAGCGGCACUCAUGAUUUUAGUAAAAUUCUUUUGAAUGCAAAGAAGCCUAUGAUUAUAUUAGGAGCAAAUCAAUUGGAUCGUAAGGAUGGAGCUAAAAUUCUUGCUGAAGUACAAGAAUUGGCCAAAAUUGUGGGAGACAAAGGAACAAUCUCUUCGGAUUGGAAAGUACUUAAUGUGCUUCAAACAAAUGCAUCGCAAGUUGGCGCUUUGGAUCUUGGUUAUGGAUCGACAAUUGAAGAAUUGGAGAAAGCAGAACCGCGUUGUAUUUUCUUAUUGGGCGCUGACGAUUGUAAUGUGACAAAGGAAAAUUUUGGUAAAUCCUAUAUUGUUUAUAUUGGAAGUCAUGGCGAUAAAGGAGCAACAAUGGCUGAUGUUGUACUUCCUGCUGCUGCUUAUACUGAAAAAAAUGCAAGUUUCGUAAAUACUGAAGGUCGUUCACAGGAAACUAAUGCAGCAAUUACACCACCUGGAAUGGCUCGUCCCGAUUGGAAAAUAAUUCGUGCACUUUCAGAAAUCUCUGGAAAUUGUUUACCAUAUGAUACUCUAGCGGAAUUACGCUCUAGAAUUCAAGAAGUUGCACCGCAUUUAUCGCGAUACGGUGACGUUGAAUCGGCGAAUUUUACAAAUUUAGCAUUACAACUCGCAAUGAAAACUGGUGGUGCAUUGCUGCCAGAUCCAGUGGAAGUGAGACAGAAGACAUUAGAUCAAUUUUUCAUGACAGACGCAAUAUCGAGAGCAUCGCCAACAAUGUCAAAAUGUGUGCAAGCUGCAUUAAAACAACGUCAAUCACAAGUGUAAAAUUAUUAUUUAUUGCUUUAUAAACGAUCAAUGUAUAUAGAUGAGUUUUUUUUUGUUUUUUUAAUUUAUAGCUGAAAAUUUGUUUACAUAAGACUUAUAUAUAAUUAUAAUUAGUAAAUGAAAGAUCAAGUAGCUCAAGAAAUUGAUUAAAAAAAUAAAUCUAUGGAAAUUU